AUGAAUUCCAACCAAGAUUAUUCAUCCAUACGCACGCUCAUUAGGUCCAACGAGAACCCUAAUGCCAUCGUCCUCCCCCCAUCUUCAGAGCCUGCCGAGUACAAUACCAAUUACGUCUUCUACUGGAAUAGCGUCGGUCUUGAUCUCGUCAGACUUGUGACUUCAAUAGAGGGAAAUACGAACAAUCCGCCGCCCGCCGCACCACAAAAUGGACCGCCGUCCGCCGCGAGAUCUCUCGGUAUCUUGCAUCUCGCCAUUAACGAUGCUUACUUUGCAAUCAAUCCAGACAAGAAAGGCGUCAACACUACUUAUCUGACACCCAACAGCACGAACCCGAAAGCUGUGCUCCCUGCUCUUGACGGUGCAACGGAUGCACGUCUCGCCGUCGCAGGAGCUGCAAACACUGUACUCAUUACGCUUUUCACGACAGCCAGUGGUACCGUCCCGUUUGCUACAACCGAUAUGCUCACCCAAUUCCUAAAUAACGCGGUCUCGAAUUUCCCCAAUCUAGACACUUUAUCCUCAAGCUAUCAAUUCGGCGUUGCAGUUGGAAAUGCAAUGCUCAAUUUUCUCAACAACGGGUUUUUUGGCCAAGACUCUUACCGUCCCACUCCUGGGUUGUACAAGUUCGGCGAUGACCCCACCAACCCAGUGAGAAUUGUCCCCGUGAACCCAAACGACCCCGACGGACCACAGCGAGCAAUUCGCUUCUAUCAGGCCCCCUUCUACGGCAUGACCGCUCAACGCGUGGCGGUUCAAGGACAGGUAAACGGCAAAUUCGACGAGCACCUCAUCGCGGACCCACCCGUGGGUUUUGGCACCAACGACCCAGAUGAGUACUACUCUGCGUUCAAUGACAUCUACCGUGAAGGUGGUCGAUUCGAUUUGAACUCCACAAAGCGCACGCCCUCACAGACGGUGACGGGUUUCACCUGGGCCUACGAUGGCUCGAAUCUGCUCGGCACGCCUCCUCGUGUCUUCAACCAAUGUCUUCGCAACAUCGCUUGGCAGAGAAAAGUCGCGGGGCCAACGGACGAAGCGACCAACGCAGAUUUCGUGCGUGUCUUUGCUCUCUUCAACACCGCACUGGCCGACGCGGGAAUCUUCGCCUGGCAAGAGAAAUACUGCUUCGAGUUCUGGCGUCCCUUGUCCGGCGUCCGUUUCGAUCCGACUUCCGCGGCAGACCCCUUCUGGUUCACAGAGGGUGCUCCAGACACCAACAGCAACCACUUCAACUUCAAGCCCCCCUUCCCGUCCUACCCCUCCGGCCACGCCACUUUCUCCGGUGCCUCUUUCCAAAUCCUCCGCUUGUACUACAAGAGACGUGACAACCUUCCCUUCGCCGACGACGCCCCCGAUGACAUCUCCUUCGACUUGAUCUCCGACGAACUCAACGGCAUCAGCCGCGACCUCUACAACGACUACAUCCCAUCCCAGCCCAUCACCGACCAGCUCGGCAACGUCCGCACGUUGGUUCCCCGCCAUUUCGACAGCGUUUGGGACGCCAUGUUCGACGCAGCCCUCAGCCGCGUCUUCCUAGGCGUCCACUGGCGCUUCGACGCUUUUGCGUCCAAGGACAUCCUCGUGUCCACCAAUGUCAAUCCCAAUGGCACGAGCCAGUAUAAGAAUGCUCAAGAUAUCAGAUACGUGACCACGGGUCCCAGGCGCGAUAGGCCUGGUCAGCAGUUCCCAAUUGGCGGUGUCCCGUUGGGAAUCGGCAUUGCGAAUGAUAUCUUUGAGAGCAAUCUCAAACCUACGCCUACGGACUUGCAGCCUGAUGGCAGGCACAAGUGCGGUGAUCCUAAGAAAUUGGGUUAG